AUGGGGACGACAGAUAUCCAUGUGAUACCACCAGGGGGAACUAGAGCAAGAGGUACUCCUAUUCAACCCAAUGUACCUCGUUUCGGAACUGCUGACCCCACGUAUGGAAUGCCGUAUUCCUUGAUGGUCGGAAGUGAGUCGACAUCAAAUCCUGCUUUGGUGUCGGAUGCACAAAUAUCCACACCAGGUGCCCAAAACAGGGAAAACCAGGUGCAGGAAUUAGCAGAUUUGAAUAGACAGGUGGUCGAUCAACUCACUCGACUAUGCAACUACCUGGGGGAACCUCAGACGACUAGUCGACAACCCCCUCAAGUUCAUAGGCAGGUGGUUGUGCACACACCUUUAGAAGAAGAUUCAUUAGAUGAAGAAAUAGUACCACAGAAUCAAAUCCCUAGGUGGCGAUCAAAUCUAGGUGGAGUACGAGGGAGACAACAGGUUGUGAUGGUAGGUCGACAACAGGAUGCUGAUCAAUUUGUUGAGCAAUAUCAACAGGAACAGGCGGCCAAGGAGAAUAACCUUACUACAAUGAUCGAAAGGAUUAUGUCUAGAAACGGAAUGAACACUCCACUACAAAGGUCGACAUAUUCUUCCCCGUUAGCUGAAUACAUUGUACAGACAGAGAAUCCUAGGGGCUGGAAAAUACCUAAGUACACCAAGUUCGGAGGAGAAACUGGAGAAUCGACAGUCGAGCAUAUUGCCAGAUAUUUAACUGAAUCAAGAGACAUGGCGAAUAACGAAAGUCUCAGAGUUAAGCAUUUUCCAUCAUCUCUUACAAAGGCAGCGUUCACCUGGUUCACUACAUUACCCCCAAACUCUGUCAACUCAUGGCCAAAAUUGGAAAAACUUUUCCAUGAGCAGUUUUAUGAGGGCCAUUCGAAAAUCAGUCGGGUCAAACUAUCUCACUACAACACGCGUGGGCUUUAA